AUGCCACAGAAGUCAGUCAAGGGGCAAGCCAUCUGUGACCUUAUGGCCAGUCAUCCACUGGAGAAGAGAACUGACUUGUUCGAAGAUCUGCCGGAUGAGACCCCCGAGGUCAACACAACCUUUCCCGAGGAAGUUUGGCAAUUAUUCUUCGAUGGCGCUUCUUACGUUGGCACAAGCUGGUCUAUCAUUGCGGGAGAAGGGGUGGUCUUGAUCUCUCCACAAAACCAUGUAUUACCCUGGGCCUUUUCUCUGAUGGAGCCGUGCACCAAUAAUGUGGCUGAGUACAAUGCGUUGCUCAUUGGACUCGAACUGGCUAAGAAACUAGGGAUAAAGCACCUCGAGACGUACGGUGACUCUCAGCUCAACGUCAUACAGAUGACAGGAGAGUACGAAGUUAGAAAUGACGAUCUGAUCCUGCUUCAUAAAACAACUAUCAAACUAGCUGAGUCAUUCGAAAGCUUUCUCAUUGAGCAUGUGAUUCGUUCCAAGAACACGCACGCAGACGCCCUGGCGUCCUUAGCAGCUAACCUUGCCCAGCCGCUAGAGAUGACUCAAUGUGUCAUUGUAGCGAGCCGACGACUCUUUUGGCCAGAAGAUGUUCUGGAUGUGAACACCACUCAUCAAGCCUCAAGCAAACCUAACCCGAAAGAUUGGCGUUUCCCGAUCAUCGACUACAUCUUAUACGGUAUAUUACCUGAAGAUGUUAGGGAACGAGAGUCAAUUCGCAAGUGCGCCGCUAGGUUCUACUAUGACUCCGCUACUAAGACAUUGUAUCGUAGGUCAUAUGAUGACAUGCUACUUCGAUGUCCUGGGAUGGUCAGCGAUGCAGUCGCGUAUGCAAGGAGCUGCCACUCUUGCCAAAUCCAUGCUAAUUACAUGCACCGACCGCCUGAAGACCUGCACCCGACAGCGACUUCGUGGCCAAUCAAAUCAUGGGGGAUGGAUAUUAUCGGACCAAUAUCUCCGCCAUCAGCUAGAGGUCAUCGCUUCAUACAGGCGAUCACCGAUUACUUCUCGAAGUAG